CUUGACUUGCUUCCAGACAAAGGUUGUCUCAAAUUUGUUGCUCACACCGAGUUCUGGAGAACGCCAUCAGCUCGCUGCUUAAAGGGAAAUGCUGGUGUGAGAGAGAAUGAGGAGAGAACUAGGUAAGGCUGUGAGAGCCAUCAGACCUCGAUGCAAGUCCACCCGCGAGGGAGGAAAAGAAGGAAGCCAGCUUGAGUGGAAGCAUCCCAGACAGCUGUGCAGUCUAAGAGAACUUCAGCAAGAUUAAACCACAGGUUCCAUUAUGGGUCGACUUGAUGGGAAAGUCAUCAUCCUGACGGCCGCAGCUCAGGGGAUUGGCCAAGCAGCUGCCUUAGCUUUUGCAAGAGAAGGUGCCAAAGUCAUAGCCACAGACAUUAAUGAGUCCAAACUUCAGGAACUGGAAAAGUACCCGGGUAUUCAAACUCGUGUCCUUGAUGUCACAAAGAAGAAACAAAUUGAUCAGUUUGCCAAUGAAGUUGAGAGACUUGAUGUUCUCUUUAAUGUUGCUGGUUUUGUCCAUCAUGGAACUGUCCUGGAUUGUGAGGAGAAAGACUGGGACUUCUCGAUGAAUCUCAAUGUGCGCAGCAUGUACCUGAUGAUCAAGGCAUUCCUUCCUAAAAUGCUUGCUCAGAAAUCUGGCAAUAUUAUCAACAUGUCUUCUGUGGCUUCCAGCGUCAAAGUUAUGGCAACUGAUGAUGAGAAACUAAGACUACCAAUGUUAAGAGUUGUGAACAGAUGUGUGUACAGCACAACCAAGGCGGCCGUGAUUGGCCUCACAAAAUCUGUGGCUGCAGAUUUCAUCCAGCAGGGCAUCAGGUGCAACUGUGUGUGCCCAGGAACGGUUGAUACGCCAUCUCUACAAGAAAGAAUACAAGCCAGAGGAAAUCCUGAAGAGGCACGGAAUGAUUUCCUGAAGAGACAAAAGACGGGAAGAUUCGCAACUGCAGAAGAAAUAGCCAUGCUCUGCGUGUAUUUGGCUUCUGAUGAAUCUGCUUAUGUAACUGGUAACCCUGUCAUCAUUGAUGGAGGCUGGAGCUUGUGAUUUUAGGAUCUCCAUGGUGGGAAGGAAGGCAGGCCCUUCCUAUCCACAGUGAACCUGGUUACGAAGAAAACUCACCAGUCAUCUCCUUCCUGUUAAUCACAUGUUAAUGAAAAUAAGCUCUUUUUAAUGAUGUCACUGUUUGCAAGAGUCUGAUUCUUUAAGUAUAUUAAUCUCUUUGUAAUCUCUUUUGAAAUCAUUGUAAAGAAAUAAAAAUAUUGAACUCAUAGCAGGAGAAUAGUUUUUAAAAUAAAUCUCGAUUUGUUAGCA